CACCUCCAAGCACCUUAAACAGGAAGAGGAACUGAGCCAGGUAAUACACAACAAAGAUAUACAGUGAAGGAACAGGCUGAAUAAGAAUAUAUAAUUAUAGCAGCGCUAACUAAAUGUGCACACUGCCAGUAUCAAGCACCUGCUUGCUGCAUAGUAUUCCAUUUAAAGCAAACAGUGUGGUGGACUAUGUAAAAGUGGUGAGUACUGUAUGUUACAGUUGACCCUUUCGUGUGGCUGUUUUGUAUUACCAUUGUUUCGAUAUGCACAGCACGGAUGCGGUUCUGUGGACGUCCUACGGUACCGCUUGUGCCGCCAGGUAACCGUCUGCUGCUGGUAAAAUGCAGACAGCCUUACAUUGUUGGCACAUCUUCCUGGUUCUAACUUGUUGCUGAUAUUUGCAUUGCAGCCUGUAAACUAUACCUUUCAAACUGCUUCAAACCACCCGCGAGGGGAAACAGCUGAUGGAGAACAAUGAUAAAACAGGUUUACAUUUGCAUCGGUACUAGUUUCCAGUCAGUAUGAAGUUUAGGCCAGUGUGUGGGAGGUGUGCAGGCCUGUGUGCGUUGCUGGUGGUGGCGGCGUUGCUAUGGUUCUAUGACCCCUUCACAGAAGAGAGAAGGCCUCAGGAUCCAGCAGAGUCACCUCUGGACAUGGCGCCCGACUCAAUCGAUGACAUGUAUGACGGCUGCCGGCCAGAAGCCGCCUCCGUCAUCGACCUGUUCGGCGUUUUUGAGUGGCACUACAACAGAAACUUCAGCGGCGCCUGGGCGUUAGCUGAGAAACAAGCGAAGCAGCCUGCGCACGAGCAGCUGGGAGGCGACCACGCUGUCGCCUUGUACCUGUACACCGGGACACAGCCACUCCGGGAGCAAUUCAACAGGGCCGUAAAAACAGGGAAACGCAAGUACAGCACCUCCUUGUUCACGUUUCACUACUUCUACUUCUUCCUGACGGACGCCAUCCGGGUUCUGCGUGGAAACCAGACGUCGUGCAGCGUCGCCUAUCACAGGACGUGGGAACGCUUCAGCCCCGUCCCCGUCGACGCGCGCCUGCGUUUUGGCGCCUUCGUCAUGGCAGGAGCAACCAGGCAGUCAUUCGACUUUCAUGGCAACACGUCCUGCUUCGAGAUCCGCACGUGCUUCGGUGCAGAUAUCACGCAUUACUCUGCUGCAGAUCAGACGGGACAGCUGCUGAUUCCUCCCUAUGAGGUCUUCAGAGUCACAGACGUACGGACAGACGACUGGUGCAGCGUGGUCUAUAAGCUGCAGAGCACCCAGACACCCAGGGCUGAUUUAAACUGUGAGCUAAGGUCCCAGAGGAUAAAAGCCUUCUUUAGAAUGGUCCCACCUCACCGGCCUGUAGGCAGCUUGGUGAAGAUGCUGGCAUGUGUAAUAAUGCUGCUCAUCAUCUCUCUAGUCCUUGUAAAGCAGAAGCAGAAAGGUUUUGUAGCUGUGGUGCUGGGUUCUCUGACGCUGAUCAUCACUGUGGGGAUUUGGACGAGAAACCAGAGCAUCUCAGAGGAAUGAUGCUGUGUCUGAGGGACAUUUAAUGUUUUACUCCCAGGUUGACUUUUUGGGGAUCACUGUGUAUAAAUCCAAUAAACCCAUGUAAUUUAGUGACAUAAAAAUGAGGAACUUUAUUAGC